AUGUAUUAUGGUGAUAGGGAUUCAAGUGAAAGUGAAUCUGAUGAUGAUAUUGUUCUUGAUGAAAAAUCUGUUGAAUUAGCUUUGAGAAGUUUAUCAUCAUCACCUGAACGUGAUCAUGUUAAUGUUAAUUGGAAUCCUAAGCUGGAAGCAUUAAGAAAGCCAACGCCCAAACAAGCAAUAAUUGUUCGAUGGCUCACAAUGUCACAAUUGCUCAAAAGUAUUCUGUCGUCAUAUUCAGCUUUAACAAGUAUUGUAAGUGAGAAGGGCGCCCUUCACACUCUUCCUACAAUUGAUGUGUCAACUGUAGCUACUAGUAAUGGUUUAUUCUUACCAUGGAAAGAGGUGAUCGAACGUUUACAAGCGACUAAUACACCAACUCUCCAACUAGUAGUUACAUCUUACUGGUAUCUUCUCAAAAGUCUGGUAGUGACGAAGGAUGAAGUAGCUGAUAAAGCAGCCAAAGGUGUUGUCUUUUUUAAAAGACGUGCACGACAAUUAUUAAAAGCAAUGUUCUCUUUGCACGAUCUACAUUGCAUCGCUGCAAUACUCAAUCCACAUACAAGAAUGCUCAAACAUGCUACUUAUGUUGAACGUGCACAUGCAUAUUGUCUAGUGCGAGCUAGAGUAGCUAAACUUAUGGAAAUCGCACAGAUUGAUAAUAAUGAAGAAGUAUUAUCUCCAGCAACUAUUAGUCCAACACCACCAUCUCGCAAAAAGUUGAAGUCCUACACAACACAAUUUCAGGAUGACACAGAUUUAGAUGAAGCAAGUAGUAAAAUGACAAUUGCAAAACUUGCUCGUCGUAAAUUAGAAAUCUAUUUACAACUGAAUUUAACUAAUUGUAAAUGUUUAAAUGAUGAUAUUGACAAUCCAUUGUUGUUCUGGAAAGAACAAGAACAUGUACUACCCAAUAUGUCAUGA